AUGACGGUUGAUGCACGAGUCAUCCGAGUGCAUGGCCUCAAGGAACCCUCGGCCUUUCUUGAAGGGACAGGCACCGAGAAUCCGUGGCCGACGCUACUUUACGGAGCAGAGACAUGGACGGUGUACACGAGGCAGGCACGUCGACUGAACCACUUCCACCUCAGUUGUCUCCGUCACAUCCUGAAGCUGAACUGGCAGGAUCGCAUACCCGACACUGGUGUGCUAGAACGUACGGGAAUGCUCAGCAUUUUUUCCAUGCUGAGACAAAUGCAUUUGCGCUGGAGCGGCCACCUGGUGCGCAUGGACGACGAGCGACUACCCAAACGACUCUUCUACGGAGACGUCGCGACGGGUCCUCGCCGUAAAGGAGGCCAAAUUCGCCGUUACAAGGAUACUCUGAAGUCCGCCCUGAAGCGUCUGCAAAUCAACCCGACCAACUGGGAAGAGCUCGCCCGCGAUCGUCCGACAUGA